ACGCACAUCCCGGAAAAGCAGAGGAGCGCGCACGGCGGGGCGUGUACGGCUUUCAUUCGCCAUUCCUGAGGGUGGGAGCUGUAAGAGCGGGGAACCGAACCGGCACCGGGUGCCCACUCUUGAACCAUGGCUGAACACGAACCCACCUCAGAGCAGCUUGCACAGAUCGCAGCCGAAAACGAAGAGGAUGAACACUCCGUCAACUACAAGGCUCCAGCUCCGAAGUCCAUCGAUGAGAUUCAGGCCAUGGACCAGGAUGAUGAGAGUCUUCGGAAGUACAAAGAGGCUCUUCUGGGCGCCCUUCCCGCUACAGUGGAUCCCGAAGCUCCAAAUGUGGUUGUGACCAAACUGACCUUGGUGUGUGCGGAGGCUCCUGGACCACUUGAGCUGGAUCUGCAAGGGGAUUUGGAGAAGUUCAAGAAAGAAACAUUUUAUCUUAAAGAAGGAGUUGAGUACAAAAUCAAAAUUAGUUUUAAGGUGCACAAGGAGAUCGUUUCCGGGCUGAAAUAUCAGCAGCAGACAUGCAGGAAAGGUGUAAAGGUGGAUAAGUCAAACUACAUGGUCGGAAGUUACGGACCUCGCGCGGAGGAAUACGAAUUCCUCACCCCCAUCGAAGAAGCCCCAAAGGGCAUGUUGGCCAGAGGCUGUUACAACAUGAAGUCGCUUUUCACUGACGAUGACAAAACCAAGCAUCUCUCCUGGGAAUGGAACCUGACCAUCAGCAAGGAAUGGAAGAAAUAGGCCUGCCCAGGGAUGCCCUCCAAAGGCUCACAAUACCCCCUAGUUCCUCCGACUCUCCGAGAAGUGCUGCUGGAUUGUGUUCCAACUCCGUACCCACAUGGUGUCUCCUCCUCCACACCGCUCUGCCCCAUAGAGUCCAUCCCAAACCCCCAUCCCCCCACCGAAAAAAAAAAAAAAAAAGCCAAGUGGGAUUGACAUUUCUGCCUCAUGUGGACACCUGUUUGCCUUGCCCUUCCUGUGUUUUACGUCUAGUGUUGGAUGACUGGGAUGUGUUCACUGCUUAAAUUAUUGUGCCAAGUUCUAGAUCUUGGCCUUAUCAGCAGCAAGUUUUACACUGGGAGUUCAGAAUCAAGGAAUCUUUCGCUCUAUCCUCUCUUCUCCAGUGUGUCCCAGCCCAUAACCGCCUUAUAAUUAUUUGCUGCCUUUUUUUUUUUUUUCUUUUUAAUUUUCGUAGCCAUGUUGCCUUAAAAUGAUUUUUUGCAUUUUGUUGUAGUAGGAGCGAUCUUUUCUGCUCCAUGUUGUGCCUCGCUAUUUUCAAGUCUGCCUACGGCACUGCACCGUCCCAGCCUCGGACGCGAUGGCACGUGCACGUUUGUAAGCUGCUCUCGUCCCGUAUUUUUAGCUGCGACCCAGGUCGCUAAUAUAGGCACUUAUCAAUCAAUUUCUGAAGAUUUCAUUUUUAUUAUACUUUUUUUUUUUUUUUUAAAUAAAGGAAAAUCAGGAAUUGAAAUUCAAGAUUGCAUAGGACCAAACAGCUGCUUGGUGUCUGUAUCGUGGGCCACAAGGGUAUUAUAACACGUGCUCAGUGGUGAACGGGGGGUGUAUUAUGUGAUGUGCCAGCAUAGUAUUUGAUCACAUCAUUGCCUGUACUCAGCCUGCCUCACCUUUUACACUUUGCUCGUGUGUUUAUUCAGACCAGAUUUGUGCAGUUGCUUGUAUAAAGAGCACCAUUCUAAUGCUAGUACUGACAAAUGAAUGUGGGGGUCGUAGCUAAGACAAGGCUGCUUUUACAUCUUGGGGUGGGAGAACUGUAACCGUGUCCUUUUUUUGGGGAAUAGCCCUUAUUUAUUGCCUUUUCACACAACGUACUUAUUUUGUGGUCCAUGAUUUAAAGUAUUAACUAAAGGCAAAACAUUUUUAUUGGCUUUAGAUAGUGGGUGAGGGGUUAAAACCUCUGUCAUGUGUUUGUUUGUCUGUGUCUAUUAGGAAAAUGUACUCUCUUGUACUGAUCACCAAUAUCAAGUAAGGGGGGGAGUUAAAAAAA